CUUUGACAUUACCUACCAUAUGAAGGAAAAUAGGAAUCUAACCUCAAAAUUCCGUUAUGAGUACAUACUCAAGUAAUAGUUCUCUGUUUCUGUUAUUUACUCUCUUCCCAGUUUAAGUCAAAAUGUUCAGUUUAUCUCCAUGUUUUACAAGAGCUUGCACAAGUGGUUAUAAUUUACUAAAACAACAAACUAGAAACACAUUUGUUUUAAAACGCCGCUGGCCUCCACCACUUCAUAAGAAAGGUGGUAAGCUUCCUAAAAUGAAAGGAAGGCACUUCGUUUACGAUUUAGUCCAAGACACCAACACUGUUAGACAACCUGAUGUGAAGGUUAUUCUCAAGCAAUUCGUUGAUGGUGUAGGGAAUAUGGGCGAUGUUCUUUCUCUCCGUCCAACGAUUGCAUACCGAGACUACCUUAUGCCUGGCCUAGCAGUGUAUGCAACUCCAGAAAUGGCAGUGAAAUAUAAAUCUAAUGAUGAUAAACCUAAAACAGAAGACACAUAUAGUUCCCCGUUUGUUAAAAGAACACUAAAAGAGUUAUCUAAUCUUGUGUUACAAAUUACUAUGAGCAAGUUGCAACCUUGGACAUUGCAGCCAUGGCAUGUUAAAGCAUCAUUCAGAAAAUGUGGCUUUGUUGUCCCUGAACAUGCAAUAGAAAUGCCAUCCAUUGAAAUAAAAGGGCCUGACCUAACACUCCAGGAGAAAGAAUUUUUGGUUACUGUUACAAUUAACAAAACUGAAAAGGUUAAUGUACGGUGCAGAAUACAUCACUGGGCUACUGGUCUCGACAGGUUGCCGUGGGUGGAGAACCACUGGAAACAUCCUAAGGAGCCUCUCAUUCCUGAACAAGCUCCUAUUUUGCAAAAUAUGCCGUUAAGAGAAUAGGUCUGUGUAUAGUCUGUAUGUAGUAAAAUAUGGAAACCCUUAGUAAAUGUUUUUGUCUGUAUCAAAUAUAAAUUAGUGAAAAAAUA